UCUCAUCUGCAAACCCACCGUAUAUGAGCCACUCUCAUCUAUCGCAAGGGAUCUCCGAUCAUUUUGGUCUCUAUUACCACACCCAUAGAGCGUUCUCCUUCUCAAUAGCUCUCUCCCUCCCCAUCAUGGCCUGUCCACUCACUGUCAGCAAAUUCGUGGGCACUGUCUCCCUCGGCCUUCUAACCGGCCUCUCCUACUCCGCCUCAACCGUAACCAUCCCAUCUCUAUCCCUCCUGCCCACCUCCGCCAACGCAUCCCGCUCCCUCCGCGAAGUAAAGCGCCUGAACCGCAAACAUGGGCUCCGUCUAACCAACCUCGCCAAUGGCUGCCUCCUCUUCGCAUACUGCGCCUCCCCGAAACACCGCAAACACCCGUACCUGAUGUGGAUGGUCGCCACUUCCAUUAUGGGCACCUAUGGCGCGGACUACUUCUUCCACCGGUCGAUGGGCUUCAAGGCGUGGGUCCAGAGUUUCGUCCAGGACGUCGGCUGCGCAUCGUUCUGUCGCAAGAACACCCAGAAGAAGGAAGAGGAUCUUGUCGUCGUGGAGGCUGAGGAGAAUGUGAACGGCGAGAGUGUGCAGCGGGAGAUGGAUACGGAGCGGAGGUUCCAGUGCGUGCGCGCUGUUUUCUCGGGCCUUGCGCUUGCGAUGGGUAUUGUUGGACUUUGGGGGGAUAGAAAAUAGAUGGGAAGGGUUUGGUUUGUUUGCAUGGCCAUUGGGGGUUCUUUUUUCAUUUGUUAACCUUCUGACUUUGAUGGUGGUUUUGUAUACCUGGGAAGCGGUGUAUCUCCUCUCCGUUUUUUGUUUCUUCUUUGGUUCGGGGCGAUAACUCUAUAAUGUAUGUUAUGUAUAUUGACAGCGCA